AAACGUUUUUUAUUUCAUAAAUUAUUUUUCUAUCUUAUAAUACCCUCGCUAUUUUCUAUUCCUAUUAACUGUCGACAAUCUGUGGCUAGAUUAUUUCAUGUUUCAAACCUUUCUCUUUACUUUAUUGAUAUUUAAUUAUAAAACUUUUAAACUAUACCGAUUAUAUAUCAACUGUGAAUUUUAAAAUUCACUUUUAAACAAAUACAACAUUUUGAAAAAUUAAGCAGUAUCAAUAUCAUCAAAUCCAAAUUAUUCCCCUUGCAUAUUAUAUUCAGUAUAUCUACACUAAUUUCUCAUUCAAAUUUUGAAUUUCCAAACUUAGAGAAUUGCUUAAUUUCCAGUUGAUUUGAUUAUUAAAAAUGUAUGUCACAACUCACAAUGAAUAAGAACAAUAAAUUGGAAAAAAGAACAAUAGAAAGUAGCUUUAAUCAAAUAAAAAUUAUAAUCAUUAGUACAUACUUUAGCUUUGAAGAUUCCUUUAGUUGCAUAUUACCAGACUUUUGAGCCUUAAUAUUUUUCGUUUCCAAAUUCCAACUUGCCCAUGAUGACUACAUAGUUAGGUUUAAAGAAUAAUCUCAUGAAGAGAUUAAAUCAGUGGUGUAGUCAUAUAAAGUCAAUUUAUGAAUAUUUAUUAUUGAAAAAUACAUUAUAUAUAUAAAUAAAAUUAUAUACAACAUAUAGGAAUAGAAUUUUUUUUUUUAAAAUUCACCAUUAAUUAGGAUAAUAUUUUUGUAAUAUAAAUCUUUUCUUCUUUAUGAAAUCCCUCGGAAGAUGAGUUUCAUUAGUAAGCAAUCACACAAUAUCAGUAAUAUUUGAACAACUUUUAGAAUAUUAAAAUUUUUUACUACUCUGUCCCAAUUUAGAUGAACAUAUUACUAUAAAUUACUUGAAUAUUUACUGAAUCGGAAAAAAUUAAUUAUUAUUUUUUCAUUUUAUCCUUAUAAUUAAAGUUUAAACAAAAUUAGAAAAUCUAAGCAAAUUUUAAGAGGCUAAUCAAAAUAAUAAAAUUGAUCAAUUUAUUCAAAUUACUUAAUCAUCAUAUAAUUAGACGAAAGGAAUAAUAGUUAGGAAAUAGAAUCUAAAGAAAAUCUACGUAAUUGUCUCAAUAUGUUUUCAUAUAUAUACAAGCAACCAAUGAAAAUCCUUCUAAAUGAAAAACAAAGAAAAUAAACCUUUACUCCUAACAUUUAAUAUGACGAGAGAAUCUUAUCAAAAUCUACUUGAUUGUCUCAAUAGUGUUUUCAUAUCACUACUUUUGCUUAUAACAUUUUGUAAUUCGAAAGCAUGGUUGAUGUAGUAUUCAAAACACUUAUAUAUCACUCUUGCGUAGAGAUUAUAUUUUUUUUCUGUAUAAUUUAAAUUUCAACACGAUCAAUGUAGAAUUCAUUGAUCACCCAUGUAUAGUGUGUACAUAGAAAUUAGGGUUUCUUUUUGGUUUUAUAUAACAUGUGUUAGCAAAAAUUUCUUCCCUUCUUAUACCAUAAUUUUUUUUUAAUCUUAUCGAUUUAUAAUAUUUAAUUUUAUUCAUCUAUUUUCCUUUCACCAUCCAAGACUGAAAUAACAGGUCCAAAAUUUUACCUGGGCCCCGGAGUCACCCCUAAUAAUCCCCACGCGUCCGAAUGCCAUAGCCUUAUUAACUAUAACAAUUCUCAUAAUAGCGCGUUCUCUUCGCUCACUAGAGAUCAAUUAUUUUUUCUGUCUUAAUUUAUAUGAUAUUUUUUUUUAUAUUCAAAUAAUUUAAAUUUAAUUAUUUAUAUAAAAUCUUUAAUUUUUUUAAAAUGAAACAUACAUAUUUAUAAAUUAUUAAAAAAAUAUUAUAAAUUAUAAUAACUAAUAAUUUAAAAUAUUUUUAAAAUUCGCGAAAAACUUAAAAUAAAAAUGUGGCACUCUUUGAUAUGGUGGUGACAUUUGAAAGGAAAUAAAACUUUUAAAAUUUGUAAUUUAGAAUUAUUUUAUUAAGGCUAGGUGGUCUAUGAGAAAAAUAUUUAAUUUUUUUUUUUAAAUCAAAUUAAAAUGUAAGAGAAUAUAAUGAUUCUCACGGAGCGAGCAAGGAGCGUGAGAGGUAACAAUUCUAGCAGUUGACACGCGUCCAGUAAUUGAAACCUCCCACCAAAAAGUAAUUCACCACUUUGGUCCUCACAACUUAGAAGGUACAUAACGUGGCACCUUUUUUGUCUCAGUGCAAUAUACGUGUCCACCUUCUUAUUGGAUUAUCCCUUCACACCAAUCAGGACACCCAAUUUCCCUGGAUACGCUACUUUAUCACUGGACCCACCUAAUCACUCUGCACCAAUCAUAUCUCUUCACUAUUCUACAUUUGCCCUAGACACGUGCCCUUCCUUCGCCCCUAGCACUGUGCUGUAACUAUGAUAAUCUGCUCGGCAACCGGUCAAAUUUCAUUUUAUCAGUCUAAAAUAACCUCCUGGAGAAACCUCCUCAGCUUUGAUGGACGGUGGAAAUGGUUUUCCAGCAGCUAAGUACGCCGGUGGAAAAAACGAUACCACGAUAAUGAACCGGAUAAUGCUAAGAUUCCGUCCGAUCGCACCGAAACCUGUCGCCGGAGGUUCAUCGGAUGGAUCUACACCGGAAAAUAACAACAUGGAACUUGUUACCAAAAGAAGAGCGAAGAGAAAGUACGUUAGAGUUAAGAAAAGUAGCAAGUGCAAGUCUAACAAAGAAGACGAAGCAAAUAAAGACGGAUCUUCAUUGUAUGAGGAUAACGGAGCUGGUAUAACUCUACAGCUGAUGCCGCAAAGCAGUAGCGGCGUCCGAAAUAGUCUAGAAAAUUCUGGAUCUCGACCUUUCUGGAUGAAUUUUCAGAAAUCGGAGAACAGUGAGAUUUUUCCCGUAGGAUCAGAUCAGAUAGAUCGGACGGUUGAGAUGCAGAAGAAAAGAGUGGUGGAGUCAUGGGUGAUGGUAGACCAGAUAACAAACGCGUUGGUAGACGGAGAAGCGUUAGGUAGUACGGAUACAGAGAAGAUGAAGAAUCUGGAGGCUGACACGUGUCCAGGGUUGAUAUCAGACGGUUUAGAUAGAGUUCGGUGGGUGAAUCUGGCGUACCGGAGAAUGGUUGAUCCUCUAGAAGGUUCCGGAAAUUCGCCGGAGCUGGUGACGUGGCUGGUAGUGAAGGAGAAAAUAUUGUUGCCUAACUCAUCAGCUUUUGCAUGCACUGUGAGGAUACUGUACACCAAAAACUCACAGACAAUGCCAUGUGAUGUAUGGAAGAUGGAAUUUGGAGGAUUUGCAUGGAGACUUGAUGCUAAAGCUGCUCUUAGAUUGGGUCGUUAAUGAAGAAGCAACUAUCAGGUAAUUAAAUUACCUAAAUACCUUAUUAUAUAAUGCUAAAUAAUUAUUAUUGGUGAUUGUGCUUCUUUUGUGCAUAAAAUCUUGCGCAAAAGGGGGGAUUUGCGAGCACUUCUUGUGUAAUCUCUACUUAUAAAUUGUAAAAAGAGUUUGUUGAGAUCGUGAAAAUUCUGAAACCUAAUGACUUGAUUUUGCUUGAUUAUGUU